AGCUGUCAUUUGUAUCAGUGCAGACUGUGUAACAGCGGACGUACAACACGCUAGCAUCCUGCUUCGUAACAUAGUGUGAAACAGACUUUAGUUGUCAAUAAUCGGAGCACUCGAUCAACAAAACCACGUGUACGUGAGAGAAAAGUAUAAAUUCUGCAACAAGUGUGGUGAAAUAAGUACCCCGGUUUUCUUCGGUUCAACGAUCACCGGGAAAUUUUCUUUGUGGUAACACUUUUUUUUUAGUUAAACAAGACAUUUGUAAGUAAACUUUCGUGGAUGUUGUAGGAAAUUAAAAACAAAUAUUCAUUCGGAAGUGGAGUAAUUGUGACGUUGACCAGGAUUACUUACGGUAACUGUACACUAUGUAACCAAUGCUUCUAUAUGCGCAGUCAGGCAAGUUAAGGUUAAAGAUGCAGAAUAUAUUACAUAAUGAAUUGACACAGUUUGUGGUUUUACUGCCGAUCAACAAAGACACAAAUUAAGCGGGAAUAGAAAGGCUUUGUUCUGUGACACGGAAAACAUCUGUAUUUUUAAACAAUGAAUUUGUACUAUUUAUGAAUUAAAGACGAAGACUUUUGUGUGUAACAUUUAAAUAUUAUCUGAAGAUACUGGACUUAGAACAGUGUUUUAAGGUCUUUAGUUUAAUACUUCCUGUAUGUAUACAUAUUUAUGUUAUACACUCUCUACUGAAUUAGCAUACAAAUCUCUCGUGGUCGCACGUGUAAUUAAAGUUAUAAAUAGGCUGACAUGCCGCUAACCUUUCUAUGCCGGCAAAACGCUAAUGCAGCGUUUUUUUCACUAAAUUAAUGUGCAGUAUUUAAAAGGUGGCACAUAUGAAUUUUUAACUUAGUUUUAGCAAAAAUUUUGUGCGUAAUAAUAUCUCUCUCUCUCUCUCUCUCUCUCUCUCUCUCUCUCUCUCUCUCUCUGUGUGUCAAUUUUCUCUAUUAAUCUAAACUGUUUCUCAUAAGUAAACAGAUGGUGACGCAUAAUUUUAAUUAAUUGCCUCAUUCUGUCAAAGGCCUCGUGCAUGUUACGUAACUGUUCCCUGGCCUCGAGGAAAUAACACCUCAGUCGUCUAUAGAUGUGAUUGCCAGACGUUCCCUUGUCCCCACGGGCACUGUAACCAGCAAACGAGACAAAUGACCAUAGAUCGCCCUCAACUGACCAACAGGAACUAUAGACCAUACUAACCCCCCUUUUUAUAACAAGUCAAUAUAUAGCUAGCUGUGAUAAAAUAUUUAUGCAUUGGACGAUUAACAUAUAUAUACAUACGUCGUUUGACAGCCAAAAAGUGUCAAAGAGGAAAUUUUGAUAAAUCAGGAGGAUUGUAUCAUCUGGCUGUCCAUGUAACCGGGAUGUGUGUAAACUAUCAAAAUGGUGUAUGAACACACCGUAUGUGAUGGGAUAGACCUCAACUUCAUCAUCGAUGGUAGUGACGAGGAGAACGAAGAAGAAUGGCUGAGGUCAUCGCCUGUUAAAUACUUUACUACCGAGUUGUCACUUAGAGGACGUCUCAAAAGGCUGCUACUACGAAAGCCUUCAACAACUACGCCAUAUUACAGAAUACGUCUGAGAAUUUUUGAUCUGAUAUGCAAGCUGUUAUUAUGCAUCUUGUACAUUGUUCGAGUCUCUUUGGACGAGCCUGUCAACUACCAGUGCAAUGGGCAGCACUGCAGUACUGUGAACAAGACAGAGGCCCUACCUCAGGAUGAUGGAAGUAUGAAAUUUUCCUCCACAGCUAUCAACUGGUAUUUGAUAAUAUGGGUGGAUCGCCCCCUUGUUCUGUGGCUAUUCCAGAGCUGCCUCUCGGGCAUUACCCUCAUCAAGGCCUGCCUGGACAUGCUUAUUGUCUCAAAGGGAAACUUUAUAGAAAAAGCAACACAGGAUGGCUUUAUUUUGGAACUGAUAUGUUCCAUUCCAAUUCUACUGACUUGGUUUUAUCCGCCUCUGUUGAUAAAUCUGUAUGUGCCCGGCUUCCUCAAUGUGUGGCUGGUGAAGAAAUCGCUGGAAAAUCUCUUUAAUGACUUGCAUUUAACAAAGCAGCGAUUCCAGACCAUCUCUGUAACAUUAUCACAACAGCUGUUCUUGCUAGUUGUCUCCAUGGGCUGUCUCGUAUUUACCACGAUCUGCGGGAUCCAACACAUACAGAGGAGCAGCCACACCCAUCCACUGACUCUCUUUGAGUCAUUUUACUUUGUGAUAGUGACCUUCUCCACGGUGGGAUAUGGCGAUAUAUCACCUGACAACUGGUUGGGUCAGCUCUUCAUGCUGACUAUGAUCUGCCUAGCAUUUGCUUUCAUUCCUAGACAGAUAGAGGGAAUACACUCGACAUGGAAGGAGCGUAAGAAGACCGGAGGAGAGUACAGUUCUCGUCACGCGGCCGGACACAGACAUGUUGUGGUUUGUACCAGUCAUCUCAGUGCUGAGUACACCAUGGACUUCCUGAUAGAAUUCUACGCUAACAGGAAGUUAGAGGAUCACAUAGUCGUGCUUUUAAGCUCUGAUGAGAAGGAUACCAGUUUACAGAUCAUUCUUAAGGAUCCGAAAUGGGCCCAUCGUGUGAUUUACAUGAAAGGGUCUGCUCUGAAGGAUACCGACCUUCAGAGAUGCAGGUUGCAACAGGCAGAUGCUUGCUUUAUUUUGGCCCCAAGUAAAUGUCAAAAUCGAGAUGAGGCCGACCAGCAUACAAUUCUGAGAUCCUGGGCUAUCAAAGACUUCGCUCCUCAGUGCAGGCAGUACAUCCAACUCUUCAAAACAGAGCACAAAUUACACGUCAAGUUUGCUGAGCAUGUGGUUUGUGAGGAUGAGUUUAAGUAUGCCUUAUUGGCUAACAACUGUCUGUAUCCAGGACUGUCCACUCUGGUCACUCUACUACUCCACACCACUAACAGGGAAUUAGGGGAGGUGGGGAUGGAGACCUGGCAACAUGUGUACGGCAGACACUCGGGAAACGAAGUCUACCAUAUCCAGCUCAGUAAAAGCGUCUUCUUCCAGAAGUACGAGGGUCAAAGCUUUACCAAUGCCUCAGCUGAUGCUCAUAAAAGAUUUGGGGUGUGUUUGAUUGGUGUUCUUGAUGUCACAAACGAAGAGCCUCGUCUUCAGUUGAAUCCAGGAUCUUCUCACAAGUUGAAGGCAUCUGAUUACUGCUUUUACAUAGGAGAAUUUAAAGAAGAAUUCUCUAAAAUCAAGUGUCAGAAUGUGAUUCAAGAGGAAAUAUCAACAAAAGAUAAUACUCCCAUUACCAGGAAAAACAAGAGUUUGGAACAAGUGUCAGAGGUUUUGGAGAAAUGGAUCAAACAAGAUCUGGAGUCGGAAAACUAUGGAGAAGAGAGUGUGUUUAAUUCUACCAUCACAAACGAAUGGGGACAGGAAAUUGCUCGACGCAUCCGUCGACAGAGUGAGGUGGAGAUUCGUAAACCAGACACAUUUACGGAGGAUUCGGCAGUGAUAGAGGCUCAGGUGAACGCUAAUGUAGGAAAAGGAAGAAAGGUCCCCUGCGUUUUACAAGUUCACAAUGACAUGGGACAAGACCAGAUGGUAACUGGUCCUCCUCCAGUCACCUUGUACUCGGGAAACAGGAGAACUCUGUGUCACCUGAUGGGUGCCCCAAGACCAAAGUGUUGUCUGCAGUGGGGAGAGAACUGUGAACACUGCACGUACAAGAAUGCGAAUGAUGACCGCUGGCAGGGUCAGCUGAUUAUUCUGGCAGUGGAACAUGCUUGUGCCGGGAUCCAUAACUUUAUUGUACCUCUCAGGUCUCAUUUCAUCAGUAGAAACUCGCUGAGUCCAAUCAUAUUGCUUCUGGAAGACAGCCCGGACGACAUGUUUCUCAGUUCUAUUGGACAUUUUCCUUUGGUUUACUGGAUGAAAGGGAAGAUUUCUUGCAUUGAUGACCUGUUGCUGGCUGGAAUAAACAAGGUCAGUCACUUGGUGGUGGUCAAUCAUGAUGCUAUGCGGGAAAACAUGGAGGAGACUAUGGUGGACUCGGAGACUAUUGUAGCAGUGCAGACCAUUCUCAAAUUGUUUCCAAACACGAAUAUCAUCACUGAGUUGAGCCAAGCCACCAGUAUAAGAUUCAUGCAGUUCCAUGCCAAUAGUACUCACUAUGCGAAACAGGACUCCAGGCUGCAGAAGGUUGUGAAUGGGAAAAUGAGUUCUGCUCUUUCCCACAUUUUUCGUCAACCAUUCGCUGCGGGACAAGUAUUCAGUGCCAGUAUGCUUAACAGUCUUCUCUAUCAGACCUUUGUAAAGGGAUAUUUAAUCACACUAGUCAGGUUGUUGUUGGGCAUUGAUGCUGAAGAGAACUCAGGUCAUCUCUCAAGUGUCAGGGUUCAGCGUAUGACCUAUGCAAGAUAUAGCACUUAUGGGGAUCUCUAUACUGCCAUGGCAACAACCACAGGGGAAAUCCCUAUUGCUAUUUAUAGAACAGAGGAGAAUGUGGAUCCUAUGACAGCAGUCCAUAGUACGGACAAUAAGAACAACAACCACCAUGAGUGUGAUGACAGGAAGUUCUCCACCAAGAUGAGCGGAGGAGGGUUGUUCUCCAAGUCGUCCAAUAAAAAGGCAGAGAAAGAGACGGCAGACUUAGCAGCACUUGUCAAGAGCCGACUCGUGAAUCUAGGCAUGAAAGCGUCUGAUUAUGCGGAUACAGACUCGUCAGCCAACACAAUAUCUUAUGUCAUCCUGAACCCGACUCCCAUGAGAAAGCUCCGAGUGGGGGACAUUGUAUAUGUUAUACAACCGAGCAGCAUGGCGGCCAUUCCUAGCAGUAAGACGAGGUGGAACAUGGUUAGGAAUGCCUUUACGAGCAGGCCCUCUGUGUCGAGGUCCUUUAGUAAUCCCGCUGCCUCCAACAUAUCACCAACCAGUAAAAACAAUGGAAACCUCCUCAAGCGCACCUCCAGUGGCUCCGGGGAACUAUAUGCCAAAGAAAGCGAGGCCGUCUUUGUGUUUUCAGGAACAAAAAGAAAGCCCAGUAACUCCGUUAAAACUCUGAGCUUUAAGGAGCCGGAGAGGGAGGAUUUGUUACAAUCUGAAAUCAUCCCUGAACCUGGGAUAUUAGAGAGGAAAGUUUCCCGAUUCACUGUUCACACUGCUGUGGAUGAGUAAAUCUGUAGACUAUCAAUAUCUGAAAUCAUCCCUGAACAUGGGAUACUGCAGAGGAAAGUUUCCCAAUUCACUGUUCACAGUGCUGUGGAUGAUUAAAUCUGUACACUAUCAGUAGCUUUUUUUUUAGUUUCUAUGUGUAUUUCACUUUUUGCUUUCUUGUACAUGUGAGAUUUGCACGGUUAAGGUAUUAUAUUUUACUAGAUAUUUCACUGAUGUGAUGGGGAACUGGAGACCAGCUUUGAUGAGCUCUGACAUCAAAGUCAUUAUAUAUUGUUCAAUAAUGGCGAUUUAAUCCUUUCAUGUAAGAAUGGGGGCAGUGCUUCAAAGUAUAGGGCAUUAAUUUUUUUAGUGGAUAUGAUAGACUUGCUUGCACAAAGUCAGGUUCGUCAUUUAGUUUGUAGAAAAGCUGUAUUAUAAUUUGUGUUCUUGAGGAUCUAAAAGUUCUAACACAGUACAUGAGAAAAAUACAAAUUGACCAUAAGCUGUGAAUAGACUAAAAAGUCAGAUUUUCAGUUCAAUCAAAACCAUAAAAUAUUGUUAUUUAAAUUCGGUAAAAUUCAUGAGGAGAAUAGAUUUUGAAAUGAUUCAAAUUGUCAGUAAAGUAUUUGUGUGAGUUUAACAAGUCGAGAAUGAUUAUGUAAUUGUUGACUCGAGUCUACUCUCAGUUUAUGGGCGUGGAGCCUGGUUUACCUGUUGGUUGACAUGUGUGGCACCACAAAGGCUUCAUCUCACAGACAAAAUAUAGUGAUCCUUUGCAGGUUUUUUUUUUAUAAACUGAGGGAAUGAAAAGGGUUGGUCGUGUCAAGUUAAGAUUAUUGUGGUAGAUUUUGUAGAAAUGUUGUUUAUAUAUGUUCUUGUUGAUGUACCUGUACAUACAGUAUGUAAGCUAUUGAUUUGUCCAAGUACAAAGUAAUUCCAAAUCUGCCAUGUAUUCAGAACAGUCUCUGUAUUCUAGAUUAUGUAUUUCCUUUACAUUCUUCCUGAAUAUCUGUUAUUGUACCCCCACCCCCCCCCCCCCCCCCCCCCCCCUUCAUCUUACUACACAUCUCAUAAUUACUGGUUAGAUAAAGAAGGGUUUUAUGAGUGAUUUUGGUUUUAUUAAAUCCUCUGUGUUUCUAUAGUGAAAUAUAUUAGAGCUAUUUACUGUGGCAGUAAUUAAGAGCCAUCAUCAAACUGAUUUUAUACUUCAUUGAAUGAAUAUCUCAGGUUAUAACUAACUGUGGUGUGCCAAAGACUCUCUGUAUUUGAGAUUAUUUAAAUAGUGUGUUGAGAUCGUUUGAAGUCAGUGUUAAUGCUGACACUGGAUAGUGUUACUGUACAAUACUAGUACAGUAAAAGAUGCUUAUAAUGAACUCUCUUAUAGCGAACUUAUGCUUAUUGCGAAGUGAUAUUUUUAACGAACUUUGUUUGCUGCCCAGGAGGUUUGCUAUAACCAUGUUUUACUGUAAUUGUUUUCCAUACUUGCAUUGAUUUGUGUACAUGUGUACAUCUAUACAUUGUAUAUACUAAUUUUAUUCGGGCUUGUUUUAUGUAACCAGAGACAAGGAACCACAAAUAAUCUGUCAAUUCUAAUUUUCAGGAUCAAGUUUUUUUUAUAAAUUGUGUCUUUAAUUUUAAAUGGCGUAAAAUUAUUCAGGCCUUUGUGAUAAAUUGUUAGUAAAUGCAUUGUGUCAGACUUUUUUUUUGUGGAUAGAUUUUGGGGUAUUAUACUCAGUAAAAGAAAUGGUUCAACUUUUUUUAUCGGAAUUAUUUUCAUCUUGUCAGAGAAGUUGACGAGAACCUCAAAAUAGGUACAAUUUUUUUUAUCAACUGAUGUUUACUUAAAAGGCGUGUUCAGUCAGCUAUAAUGGUGUGUUAAUGGAAGAUCAUUUUCAUCUGGUGCUGAGCAAUAAAGAAAUAGAAUGUUCUUUAGAUGUGUCAGGAUUUAAAAUCUCUUAUUUUGUUUACUAGUAUUUAAAACAGUAUUCACAUCUUUUUAUUUUAAGUAUUUUACCUUUUGAUGAUCAAAAGUAUACACUAGCUAGUAUCUCAUGUAGAUGUAUAUAAUUCAUGUAAAUGUCACUUUUUAGACUUCAAAAUGAUAUUUUAACUGUUUAAAACUGUCAGUAGGUUGUGUGCUGUAACAUAGAAUACGGUAAGUAGUUAGUAGACUAUAGCCCCAGAAUACGAUCUGAGAGUACUACUCUACAGUAGUUCAAUCUCGACUCCACAAGAAUCUCAUCAUCAUCAUCCUCUAAUUACAUUCCAAACAGUUUUGGUAUUCCAAUGAAGAGUCUUGCCAUAUCAGGUUUUCAGGCCAAUCUGGUUAAAAUCAGAUCCUAUGAUCCGCUCACGUAGAUUCCUAUACUAGUAUAGUGAUCUACGUGAGUGGAUCAUAGGAUCUAAUUUUAAUCAGAUUAGUUUUCAGGCAAUAAUUCCUUUUUUUAGUACUGAUUGAAUUAUAUAUUUUUUUAUGAAAGAAUCUUUAUUUUGUCUAUGCCAAACGUUUUGCAGAAAAAAAUUCCUGUUUGCUGUGAAUUGAAAUAUACAUGUCUGUGUUAUGUAUAAUUGGUGCUUAGCUUGUGAACCCAUUUCUCUGUCAAGUCAUCCCAGUUGUGUUAAUGAUAACUAGUUGAUAUUUUGUUUUGCCAUUAAGUAUGUGCUAUGCAUCCAUAUUGAUUGCAGUCGUCUUCCUUUGUUUUAUAUUCAAGUUGUGGACUAUUAAAAAUGUCUUCAACCCCA